ACGCGCCCUUGGCUGUCCCUUUCCACGCCGCUCUCAACAACAGAUAAGCAUGGCACCUCAGACCGCGGCGUGGACGCUUCUGGCUUCGAGAUGCCGUCCGCGCCUGCGUCGGCAUCGGCGCCGGCGUCACGCCCCCGCUAUAAAUUCGUCACACCGCCCCACCUGCUCCUCUCACUCAUUCACUGCUCUGAGUACAGUGCCUGUCAGUCAGUAGGUGAGUGAGGUCAGUGAGCGAGGGGCAGGGGAAGGAAGGGGGAGAAGGAGAUGGGGAAGGGAUGUCAAGGGAGCGGCGUGGCGGCGGCCGGCGAGGUGGAGGAGAACAUGGCGGCGUGGCUGGUCGCCAAGAACACCCUCAAGAUCAUGCCCUUCAAGCUUCCGCCCCUCGGCCCCCAUGAUGUCCGUGUGCGCAUGAAGGCAGUGGGGAUCUGCGGCAGCGACGUGCACUACCUCAGGGAGAUGCGCAUCGCGCACUUCGUGGUGAAGGAGCCGAUGGUGAUCGGGCACGAGUGCGCGGGCGUGAUCGAGGAGGUUGGCGCCGGCGUGAAGCACCUGUCCGCCGGCGACCGCGUGGCGCUGGAGCCCGGCGUGAGCUGCUGGCGGUGCCGCCACUGCCGCGGCGGUCGCUACAACCUGUGCGAGGACAUGAAGUUCUUCGCCACCCCUCCCGUGCACGGCUCGCUGGCGCACCAGAUCGUGCACCCGGCGGACCUGUGCUUCAAGCUCCCCGACAACGUGUCCCUGGAGGAAGGCGCCAUGUGCGAGCCCCUCAGCGUGGGCGUCCACGCGUGCCGCCGCGCCGGUGUCGGGCCGGAGACGGCGGUGCUCGUGAUGGGCGCGGGGCCCAUCGGCCUCGUCGCGCUCCUUGCCGCGCGGGCCUUCGGCGCGCCCCGCGUGGCGAUCGUGGACGUGGACGAGCACCGGCUCUCCGUGGCGCGGUCCCUCGGCGCGGACGCGGCGGUGCGGGUGUCGCCGAGGCCGGACGACGUGGGGGAGGAGGUGGAGCGGAUCCGGGCGGCGCUGGGCGGCGCGGAGAUCGACGUGACCCUGGACUGCGCCGGGUUCAGCAAGACGGUGGCGACGGCGCUGGGGGCGACGCGCCCCGGGGGGAAGGUGUGCCUGGUGGGGAUGGGGCACAACGAGAUGACGGUGCCCCUGACGUCGGCGGCGAUCCGGGAGGUGGACGUGGUGGGCGUGUUCCGGUACAAGGACACCUGGCCGCUCUGCAUCGAGUUCCUCCGCAGCGGCAAGGUGGACGUGAAGCCGCUCAUCACCCACCGCUUCGGGUUCUCGCAGCGGGAGGUCGAGGAGGCGUUCGAGGUCAGCGCGCGCGGCCGCGACGCCAUCAAGGUCAUGUUCAACCUCUAGGCCGCCGCCGCCCGCGGCUGCGCGCUUCCGGGAAUAAAAUAAAGUACUUUAUCGGUGGCGAGUAUAUGCCAUGGCGUUGGAUUGGAUUGGAAUUACCAUCCGUGGCUUUGUUGCGUCUUUCGCUGUGGCUUGUUGUUUGUUGCUGUCUGGUCUGACUGAGGGCUUUCGAAUGAACUGGAAUGGGCUGGUCUUUUGGCACCGACUCAAGCCUUGGAAA